ACACAUCACAACUUUAUGUAUAAAUAUAAGUAAUCAGGCUCUCCCCCUUUACACACACACACACACACACACACAAAGAAAUCUUGGAACCUUGAUGAAUAUGAAAAGAGGCGAAAGCGCUGGGGGUGGGCAGAGUUCGUUAGGGUAUCUCUUUGGUCCUGAAAAUAAGGACAAAAUCGAGGCGGCGCCACCAUCUCCGACAACCCUUAUGCCACCUUAUGGUAUCGACACGGGAGACGACGAGGGUAAGCCAUCGGAAACCUCUCCACUCAAGUCCAAAACCACUAUGAUGGUUCAGGGCCAAAACUCUGGAAUUUUCAUCACUGGUCGACCUUCGACUAAGGUUAAGUCUCCUCCGGGUGGAGAUUCAUCUCUAGGCUACUUGUUCGGUGAUAAAUCUUGAAAUCGAUCUAAUUAACAUCGACUAUUAUUAUGUGUUCCUACCUUAAAUAUUAUUAUGUGUUCCUACCUUAAAUGGGCUGAAUAAGAAAUUUGUGUGGUCAGUGGUAAACUUUUGGACGAGGGUUUGUUUGUGUGUGGGUUUGUAAUGUAUUUGUGAUUGUUUUUCCAUAUUAGGGUGAGCUUCCCAAUUGAUGUAUUUAUCCGGAAUAUAUAUGGAUACACAUAAAUGUUUGCGUAUGUCAAA